GCACCGCCGGCGCCCAGGAGGCCUCUGCCUUGGCGCUGGUGGCGAAGGACAGCGAGCCGGUGCCCACGCGGAGGCGGCUCUCCCGGUUCUCCGACGAGCCGCCACCCGCAGUGCCGCCCGCGCCAGCCGUGGACCUCGGCCCGACGGUGGAG